GUGUUUGUGGGUUCCCAUAAACUAAAUUAGUAAAAGGAACUGACAAAGAAUAUGCACUCCAAGGAAAACUCAACUCAACCUUCAUUUGUCACUUUUAGUUUGGUAACAUCUCAAUUCUUAAAUGCUUUGAUUAAUCAAAUCUUAGUCAUUCAUAACAAUCUAUAUAUGCAAAAGAAAUUUCAUUUCAUUCCUUAAUACUUUAUCUACAUUCAUUCCUUUCCUUCUUUUAUCAUUAGAACAAUCUAUAUUGCAUAACAAAUUGAAAAUUGAAAAAGAGAGAAGAAAAAAAAAACCAGAAAGAAUCUGAAUUGAUGACUCAGUGGUUACAUAUACAUGUUGCAGUAGUAGCAUCCUUAAUUGGAUGUUUUUCAACCCUUUUGUUUGUUUUCAUUUGGAGGUUAUGUCAUGAUAAGAAAGAUGAAAAGAAAUUUGUUGAAUCAAAUAGCUUGACCAGAAUAGAGAGCCAUGAAAGAAGAUUUGAUCAAAGGAUAAAGAAAAAAGGUUAUGGAAGAAAAGAUUUGUUCAGCUGGAUUGAUCAUCCAUAUCUAGCUUCUGAUGCUGUUGAAAAUGGAUGGUCAAGAUUUGCUUUCAUAAUCUACAAUAGUAGCAUUUCAAUGUCAUCAAAAAAAUCAACUUCAUCAACCCUUUUAGGAGCAUGUGUUAGUGGUGAAUAUGGAAUAGAAAAUGAGGCUGAGAUAAGUUGGGAAGUGUGUCAAGGAUCAAAUGAAUUCAUGCAGAAGAUAAGACUCAAUCCUGGUUUGAAAAUGUGUUUAAACAACACUUUUACUACAAGUGUUGCUUCUGUUAUUAGGACUUCUUUGCCUCUUCCUGGUCCUUCUUUAGGGAACCAUGCAUUUCCACAAGAAGCUUAUUUUGAAAUCACUGUAUUGUAUUCUUGUGGUGGAGAUGAUCAUGAAUUGGUAGGAAGAAAAGAAGGGGAGAAAACUAAACUACUCAUUGAAGAUAGUUCAAAUGAUGAAGGUGGUUUGAAAAGUGUUGAAGAAAUGAAAGUGGAAGGAAAAGAAAGUGGGAAAAGUGGAUCUGUGAUGUUGUCAUUGGGGUUAACUGCUGGAGAAAGUGUUCCUUUAAGAGUUCCAGGGACUUACCCUAGAAGCAUAGGGUUCAACUCCAAUGGUUCUGUUUUUCUUGAUGGAAUGAAACUUGUAUUUGAGUCAGACAAAGCACAAUGGGUAGGAACUGAUACAGUAAUUGGUUGUGGAUUUGAUCCAAGGAAAAGGAAAGUUUUCUUCACAUUAGACUCAGAAUUGGUGCAUGUAAUUCACUGUCAAACAGAAGAAUACAGCACUCCACUGUAUCCAACUUUGACUGCAAAUAUAGACAUUAUGGUUUUAGUUAAUUUUGGACAAAUUGCAUUCAAAUAUGCUCCUGCAAAUGCACAAAGAACACCAAAUCCAUGCUUCAUAGCACCACUUGUACAUUCCCCUGGUGCUACCCUUGGCUUCGAUGACAGUAAGGAACUAUUUUCCAUGGGAAGGAUUGAUUCGCCGUGGCAAAAUCAAUCUGCAACGAAAGGAAAUCACAACAAUGGGAAUAAUAACAAUGUAGCAUUUGAUUUUGAUGAGGAGUCUGAAGCUGAUUUAUUUGAAAUUGUGUUGGAUGGUUCAGAAAAAUCACCAUACUCAGUAUCAUUAUCAUAGAUUACAGCAACGGAUCAUGGAUGCACUACCAAAUGUAGUUAUGUUGUUUCCUAUGGCAAUUAAGUGUGCGUUUGUUUUGGUGUCCGGCAAAUUUUUCAAAUAUCUACGUUAGUAUCUUGUCCGGUGUUCGUAUCUGUAUCCGUGUUUCAUUUUCCGGCUUUCACAUUUGAAAGCCGUGAAAUUAUGUGUAGACACCAAAACAAGUACACACUUUGUUGCUGCUUGAUCAAAAAUGGACAUGGCUUUGCUGCACAACCAUCAAUUGUGUCAUUGAAUUCAAUGAUCUCGACCAUUGAUGAAGAUUGAACGGAUAAUGUUUUUAGUUCUC